AUGUCUGACUUCGAUGCUGUCGCCGGUCCCUCAUCAACUCCCACUUCUUCCAGCACCUCAGGGAAGAAGGUCAAGGCCGAAGGAGUCAAGUGGAGUGAGUUCGCCACCAAUGCCAUUGUUGCGGCUGUCGACUCGCUGGCCGGUGAUGAUUCUCCGCUCCUGGGCAACCAGCAGCAAGCAUUCCAGAACAUGGUUGAGCACAUCAAGGACGAAUUCACGAAUCCGAAUGCCCCCUUGGAUACAAGAAAAGUCCGAGACAAGCUCGCCCACAUCUGGCGUGAGUGCAAGCAGGCAGGAUGCGGGGACAUCAAGGAGUUCUGGCGUCAUGGAACUGCAAAGCUAGAUAUGGCGUCCUUCGAGAACAAGUUUCUGAAGGAGCAGGGGUACCACCCAGAGGAUUACGAGGACGAGUCAGCCGAUGCUGGAACUGGAAGUGGCGACACUGAUGUUGCUGCUAGCCGCAAGCGCGAUCGUGCACAAUUCGAAGAAGAUCUCGCCCUCGAAGCACCAGGCGCACCGGCCCAAGUCGACCCACCGACCCCAACACUCCGAGAUCUCUUCCAGCAGGAGCGCUGGAACCCCAACAUUGGUCUUCCUGAGCGUCCGACCGAUAACGAGGUCCAUACCGUGGUCGCCACUCUCCAGACGUCGAUCAUACGCCGCGACGGUAGAUGCACGCCAGCGGAAGUCCGAGUCGACAUGCGUGUCAUCUACCGCGAGAGCGCCUUGGCAGUCAACACUCUCCUACCGGCCAUGGGCUUUCCACCACAGCAGCCGCCCGCUCUGGAUACGACUAUUCGAUUCUCCGACGAGAUGGCGGAGCUCUUGGCCAUGCUCAUGGGCACUUGGAAUACCGAGGACGGGGACUGGAAGAAAACCAAUCAGUUGCUGCGCUGUGCACUAUCCCUUCAGACUGCCGACCAGAUCAGUCUGAACAUCCUCAUACAAUCGCUAGUCGGUGCUGCCGUCGUGUCCUGGGUCUUUGACCUACUCAAGUUCAACGAGCGUGACGAAUUCACGCCGGAGGAGCUCGAGCAGCGCUUUCCAGAUCAAGCCAAGAUGCUGAGUGAGAAGCUCGACACGCUUAUCGGUCAGGUCAUCCCCUCUCGUCGUGGCAGUGCCUUCCUAGAGGACAAGUCGUUGGGCUUGUUCAGUCGGGUCUAUCCCAAAGCAGCGGCUCCGAUCACCAAGGAGCAGACUAAAUUCCACCGCCCCGAUCCAAGUACUGCCCAUCCGAUUGCCGACUUCCAGUGGCAGGAAGACUGGUUGGAGUCCCUCGCGCUGAUAUUCCACCUGGCUCUGCAGUUCCGUGCGAACUUGUCAAUGCAUGAUCGAUACACUGCAUGCCUGUUCGAGUUCCCAGCCCACCUGGAUCCGACGGCGGAGGCCGGACCGAACUGUGUCAUGCUGGGUCUGCUGCCAACUAUCAAGGUGCAGGAGCUUGUGUGGGAUCACGAGGACGAGGCCGGUCAGGGAGUUGGUGAGCCUAGGGCUGAGCUGAGGCGCUUGUUCGAUGGCGUCUAUCAUGCUGGCUUCUUCGGCGCUGACGGCGGUGACUGA